UUCCCACAACAUAUUAACUCUCUGGGGGGCUACUAUCGCUGUCUAUGUUCCCACCGCAACCACCACCGCCCGAACAAAAGCUAACAUCAACUGAUGAUUCACCGCAACCUCCGCUUACGGUGCCGACGAUGAUGCCACUUUCGGUUUCGCUUUACAAGCACCCGUCGUGGUCGCCGGACAUGUUCCGCGAAGAAGCAUGGCUCAGGAGGAAAGGGAACAGAAAGAAAGGAAAGAGCAAGAGCGUGACGGACGAAGACCUCGACGAACUCAAGGCUUGUAUCGAGUUGGGGUUCGGGUUCGAUUCGCCUGAGGUGGAUCAACGUUUGUCCGAUACUUUGCCUGCUUUAGGUCUUUAUUAUGCUGUUAAUAAGAAGUACAACGACACCAUGAUCUCCAAGCCUUGCACGACGUCGUCUCCUUCGGUUGUAUCGGAUUGUGAGAGUAUUCCUUCCCCUGUUGGAAGCCCCCACGCCAUUGUUGGCCCUGGUGAUAAUCCACAGACGGUGAAGACAAGGCUGCGGCAGUGGGCGCAGGUGGUUGCUUGUUCGGUUAGGCAAAGCUCAUGACGAUUUGAUGGCUGUGUAUGAUCGCCAGGGUUUUCAAGAUCAAAUCACAAGAAAUCGAACCGAAGAAAACAGAGUUGUUUAUCAAUGUAGAAAAAACAAACAAACAUCAAUGAUGGACCAUGGUUUGUUUGGUAACUUGGGUUAGAAAUUUCCAGAAAACGAAGAAAAAAAAAUCUACACAUGAAAUGAACUAAAAUAUCUUCUGGAUUGACUUU